AUGUCAACUUCUCAAGAAAAGGUUCUCGGCAGUCGAUCCGAGGAUGGGCCAUGGCGCACGUGGCGCUGCCAGAAUCCGAUACCCAAGUAUGCCAGCAAAGCUGGAAACGACUGCGGCAGGUACAGCCGCACCCUCAUCGGCGGCAGCGAGGCGACAAAGGAGUCCCGGGAUUCGGAUGGGCCCACAGGCGGCUCCGAAAUCCCCGUUGGCGGCCACACAACGCCGGCGGUGCUCCAUCUCCGUUUCCGGGCCACCCUCCUGGCCAUUGGCUUCUCAGGUCUCCUCGGCGCGCUCGAAGCCACCAUCACGUCGACGGCGCUGCCCACCGUUACUGCCGAGCUGGGCGGCGGCGAUCUUUACAUCCGGGCUAUUAAUAGCUACUUCCUGGCCAUGUAG